AUGUCUCAGUUACCUGCUGCGGUCGUGAAAUUAAACAUCGACGAAAUGCAAAAUUUAUUGCAGCAGGAUGGAGUGGACGUGAAUGCAAGAGACAGACAUGGUAAUACAGCAUUACACCUAACAAAUGAUAUAUCGAUAGUUUCGCUGUUUAUAAACGCGGGUGCCGACCCAAACUUGCAGAACGAAGAUGGAGACACCCCUCUCCACAUGUCGUUUGUUCUAGAUCAGGUUAUGUUCAAAGAGUUUUUAUCAGAUCAUCGCAAAUUUUUAGAAUUGGUCACCGUGUUGUUAGAGGCUGGGGCAUCCCCAAACUUACAAAACAAACAUGGUUAUAAAAUUCUUCAUUCUUUGUUUGUCUACGGCGGUAUUGCUGGGCUCGACUUUGAGGCCUUGUUGAUUCAUGAGUUUAUUGAGCUUCUUCUCCGAUUCAAUGUGGAUGUGAAUAUGCCAGAUUUUGAACAAUGCACUCCGUUGCAUCACGCUGUCAAAGAACCACAUGUGCUUAAUGCUGAGCUGCUUUUGAGAUCAGGGGCUCAAAUCGAAGGUCGAGAUUUUCGCGGAAUGACAUCGUUACAACACUUGUUUCACUCCGAUAAUGAAGAAAUGAUCCAGCUUUUAUUGCAAAGCCAAGCUGAAGUAAACGCACAAGAUUUAGAUGGACGUACAACUCUAUCUACAGCAACAGAAGUUGGAAACCAUGUUAUGGUCCGAUUGCUUUUAGAGGAUCCUCGCAUCUCCAUCGACCUUGCGGACAAAAACGGCACAACCCCUCUCCACCUUGCAGCUGUCUUUAAACGCGUCGACAUCAUCGAAAUACUCAUCCAAGCCUCCGCGGACGUGGAUGCACUUGAUUAUCUAAACAGCACCCCUCUUCAUUACGCUGCCUAUGGAGGAACACCAGAAAUUGUUACUCAGUUAUUAGAGGCAGGUGCGAACGACAAGCUUGCAGACAAUGCUGGCUGGCUUCCAGUACAGUAUGCGUUGUCCAGGCACUAUUACCACACUGCUUUGAGAUUUGGCCGGGAAUUUCUUGUUGAUGUUGCGAACAAUGCAAAGCGCGAUGUGACAGUUUCAGGUGCUUCAGAUGAUGAUAUCAUCGCUCAAAGCCUUCCAGCUGACGAUAUAUUUACCAUGGUUGUCGCUGCGUCAAACAUAUACUCAAAAGAAUUUGACUCGUCCGUGGUACCUCGAGAUUUGGUAGAGUUUAUGAGGGAGAAAUCUGCUGGGGAUAUUCCUGGCUAUCUACGCGAUAUGCUCAUGGUGGCAGGAGUUGGACUGGUACCCAUAGAUUUGGCAGAAGUUGACAGAAUGAGGCAAAGUGUCGCAGAUUUCAUGACUAAGUGGGCAGAAGAAAUAGCCAAAAUUGACAUGAGGUUCAAAGGCAAUUUGAUGCCGUCUGGAAGUGUUUACGAGGGAACGAAAGUAGGAGAUCCCAACGAAUUUGACUACAUGUUACUUCUCGAAGAUCUUGGCCGAAUGUGCUCAGUCACGUUUGAUGAAGACACUUUGUACAAUAAGGUAGUGAUUCACAAGAAAUUGAACGAAUCGGGAGUGUAUGAGGACUUUUUUGAUGGAGAUCAGUUGGACAGUAGUAGGGUUAUGACCAAAUUUGUGGAUAAGGCCAAACAGGCAUUAACACGCCUUGCGGACCACACCCCAGCACCAUGGGAGAUGUACAUCGAGGGCCUCACCGAACACAGCUUAGUUGAGGAUACAUGGACACUCUCAGGAACUGUCACAUGUAAUCUGAAGUUAAAGUGGGCUGGCUUGCAUUACAAGCAUUUGGUUAUUACAGUAGACCUGGUUCCUGCCAUUCCAGUGCCUCAUUGGCCUCUCAUAGCACGAAAAACGAGCAGAUUAUUGACAGACGAUAUCAAAUCUCGUGGCUGUCAUUUAGUUCCAAAGAGCGGCUAUUGGAGGCUCUCGUUUUCCUUGCCUGAGAGACUGAUAAUGGCCAGCCUAUCACAAGAACAAAAGCGUGCAUUUGUUGGCGCCAAAAUGGUUUUACAUCCAGCUGUGUCUUGCAAGAUACUUGUAUAUGAUGAUAAUGAUCGCGUCUCCUUUGACGAAAACAAAGAAAGAUAUGAGUUUUCAGAGCAAGAAGAAGACGACCUCGCCGGUGAUGCACAUCUCGCCAGUGAUGCUCACGGAAAAGAAAGAGAUUUUGACCAACAUGAGAGCACGAAAAGCGACUUGGAUGCUGAAGAUGCUUCGUGCUUAAAAAUUACGACUAAUGAAUCUGUUAGCAUAACUACAAGCGGGAUUUCGAGUGAGGAACGCGAAUUCCCUUCUAUGCCAGUGCCGUGUACCAUAGUAGGCAGGCUUGCUUUGUCUAAACAAGGAAACAUAACUACAGUCUUAAAAUUGACAGAUGCUCAAGAUUUCGAAUCAUCAGAUCGAGUAACGUUAAAAAUUGCUGACCAUAUACCGAUCCACUCAGUUGCAGAACACCUACAUAAACUUGAUGAGAAAGGAGAAAUUGAAGGACAGUCAUCCCAAACUGGAGAAAGUUAUGAGCAAGUCAAGACCCUUCUUCCUUUCAACAUUUUGUCGACCUACCUGAUCAAGAACUUGUUUUUCAAUUGCAUUGAAGAAAACGCAAAAGAAACAGGUGGAAAAACAGUCACAACAGGCCAGAUUUUUAGCAAACUGACGGAGUUCUUGAGGGAAUCUCGCCCAAUUCCAUAUUAUUUUAUCCCAAAUCAAUAUUUCUCGGGAAUCGAUAAAGAUUCUUUAUUAGAAGAUGAUGGACGUGAAAUUGUGUUAGUAGCUACCGUGAUCAACUCAAUACUUAAUGAAGGUUGA